GAAGCCGGGAGGAGUUUCGAGAGGACCGAGCAGGGCGCACGGGGUGGCGGCGGCGCAGACCCAAACUUGGGUUUAGCACAGAGCAUUAAUGACUGCAACUGAUAGAAAAUGAAAAGACACUGUGUCUGGUGGUUUCCAUCUGCUCCAACACUGCAAGAUGAACAGAGGUAGAGUUGGUCUCCCGGCCAAGUCCCCACUUCUGGCUGCUCAUGCCACUGGGACUGGGGCGAAGGAAAAAAGCACCACCUCUGGUGGAAAAUGAGGAGGCGGAGCCAAGCCGGAGUGGGCUGGGCGUCGGGGAGCCCGGGCCCCUGGGUGGAAGUGGAGCAGGGGAAUCCCAGAUGGGUUUGCCCCCACCUCCUGCUUCCCUCCGGCCUCGCCUCGUGUUCCACACCCAGCUGGCCCACGGCAGCCCCACGGGCCGCAUCGAGGGCUUCACUAAUGUCAAGGAGCUGUACGGCAAGAUCGCUGAGGCCUUCCGACUACCGGCUGCUGAGGUGAUGUUCUGUACCCUCAACACCCAUAAAGUGGAUAUGGACAAGCUGCUGGGGGGCCAAAUCGGGCUGGAGGACUUCAUCUUUGCCCAUGUCAAGGGGCAGCGCAAAGAGGUGGAAGUAUUCAAGUCUGAGGAUGCUCUGGGGCUCACCAUCACCGACAACGGGGCCGGCUAUGCCUUCAUUAAGCGCAUCAAGGAAGGCAGUGUGAUUGACCACAUCCAGCUCAUCAGCGUGGGUGACAUGAUUGAAGCCAUCAACGGACAAAGCCUGCUGGGCUGUCGGCAUUAUGAGGUUGCCAGGCUCCUCAAAGAGCUGCCCCGAGGCCGCACCUUCACCCUCAAACUCACAGAACCUCGGAAGGCGUUUGAUAUGAUCAGCCAGCGUUCAUCAGGUGGUCACCCUGGCUCAGGCCCACAACUGGGCACUGGCCGAGGGACCCUCCGGCUCCGGUCCCGGGGCCCUGCCACAGUGGAGGAUCUGCCGUCGGCUUUUGAGGAAAAGGCCAUUGAAAAGGUGGAUGACUUGCUAGAGAGCUACAUGGGGAUCAGAGACACAGAGCUGGCUGCCACGAUGGUGGAGCUGGGGAAAGACAAAAGGAACCCAGACGAACUGGCAGAAGCUCUGGAUGAACGGCUCGGUGACUUCGCAUUCCCGGAUGAAUUCGUCUUUGAUGUCUGGGGAGCCAUCGGGGAUGCCAAGGUUGGCCGCUACUAAGACUGGGACUGAACCUGGACCGUGAGAUAACCUGGCUUUGCCCAGCUGCGGUUUCCAGAAGCCACAGCCAAGACCUGGGCUGACAGCUUAGGCUGUAACUCCGCAGCCUGGGGAUGGCACAGGCUGCAAGUGCCCUGUGGUCCAGGCCCCGCUCCAAUCAGUACCGCCACGGUGCCCAGCCUGGUUGGGGUCCCCGGCCAACCCCUGCCGGGUUCCCCACCUACCUCAAUAGAGUAAGCGCAUGGGGAGGGACCAACACACUAGGCAGCCAGCCACCUCUAUCCCCAACACUUCCCACUAUCAGCUGGCAACUGCCCCUUCUGUCCGCCUGGCCUCAGCUCUCUUCGGGGUCAUGACCUCCCUACUUUAUUUUUUUUUUUUUUGCUUUGUUUUUUUUUUUUUUUUUUUCAAGACAAAGUCACUAUGUAGCUCUGGCUGUCCUGGAACUCAUUCUGUAAACCAGGCUGGCCUUGAACUCACAGAGAUCCACCUGCAUCUGCAUUCACAGUGCUGGGAAUAAAGGUGUGCAUCACCACUCCCAGUUCUUCCUGCCUCCCUUCAGCGUCUCCCACCUGACAGGAGCUCCUCAGUUGGGUUCUGUUACCUCCCAUUGGAGUGGAGGUUGUUAACCCUGGUUCCUUCUCCCUUAGUCAAUGGUGGGGGGUGGGGGUGAAGGAGGCAGUGGCUUUUGUAUCAACACACACACCCUUGGAUAUAGAGAUUUUACUGUGGGAGCUGUUUGACUCUGGGGCAGGAGGGGUGGCCAGGGAAAGAAUGCAGCAGCUGAAAUCUAUCCUGGAUUCCAAAUUGAAUUAGGAGUUGGCUGCCCCACUGCCCCCUCCCCCUGGCUGGAGGCCAUCAAGCUUCCAGGCAGUGCUGAAGUUUCUGGCUUGUUUGGGGUUCAGACCUGGUCCCCACUCACCAAGGCCUCACAUAUGCUCCUAUUGUGUGAGAAAGCUACACCUAACCCCUCUGUGGCAGCAAAGCCUGUUGCGCUGUUACAGCACGCAGGUUGUGCCUGGUUGUACUUGGGGCACAGUGCUUCACAGAGACAUAAACCUGCCAAGCUUGUUUUGACAGA